AUGCUCAACCUCCCUCUACACUGCCAAGCUUUACUACAACUGAAGACACUAUCAGGUCUGACAUUCUCCGAUAUAUCAACCAAGAUCGAUAAGCCGGAAGUAUGGACAGCAGCCUUAUUCUAUGGACAAGCUACAACGGAUGAAGACACAGCGAAAAAGGUGUUUGAAGUAUUAAGUGAAGGAUCAAAAUCAUCUCUCGAGGCGUACAAUAAGGAUUACCUGCCUCCAAAUACACCUCAAGUGACUCAAGAGAGAUUGAUCGCUGGAUUAGCUGGAAAAGGUCAGGGAAGUUUAGGUGUUCAAGGUUUAGUCGAUAGAGAUAGAGGAAUGGAGAUGCCUCCUAAAGAUCCUGUGCUUUACAGAUUAUACGAAGUUCUACUGGUUUAUGGGUACUCAUAUAAAGCUUUGAUUGCCGAGAAGUUCGGUGAUGGAAUCAUGUCUGCGAUCGACUUCCGAACUUCCCUCGAAAGGAAAAAAGAUCCUAAAGGUGACAGAGUAGUGAUCACGAUGGACGGUAAAUUCUUGCCAUAUUCUUCUACUGAGGCUUGGAAAGGUUAA